CGCCGAACGGAACUUCAGUGCAGCUGCGACGAGCAGCUGACGCGGAAUCAUUCAGGUUUGUGGUAUAAAGCUCGCGCCGCGUAUAUACGUGACACGGGACACCGCACGACAGGUCACACGUUGUCGCUUCAGCCUCCGAGAGAAAGAGAGAGAGAGACGGAGAGAGGAGAGGAGGACCAGCCAGAGAUUCGCGCGGUGUCUUCGGUACCCGCCGCAAAUGAGCUCGCGCCGCGAGUGCGCGCGCGAGGGAAACGCUCUUGCUGCCGAUCGCCGCGGCCGCAUCUCACAAUCAGUCGCGAACUGUGCGGUGUGUCGUCGCCGUCGUCGUCACCAUCGUCAUCAUCAUCAUCAUCAUCAUCAUCGUUACGCGAUUCCGCGGCGUUCGAGGUGCGUCGCCGACUGUGCUCCGCGGUCACGACGACAGCUCGGGUCGAGAGUGUCGGGACGGCAGUUGAGAAAGAGCUUGUGAAAGAGGCAAAGAGGCAAAGAGCAACGCGCGGGCGACAAGUGUAGCCGCGCGAGCGCGCCGACGCCGACGCCGACGCCGACGCUGACGCCGACGAGGGAAUUACCUACUCGCAGCAAAUUGUCGCGGCAAAGUCUGAGAUCCGGUAUAUCUAAACAUGGAGUUGACACGAUUACCUCCGACACUGGCUUUGGCUUUGGCCCUGGCCUUCCUUUCGACGGCACAUCGUUGCGACGCCACCUCAGAAAGUAUAAUCGGAAGCCGAGAGACCUGCGACAUCGAGGGAGAAGAUAUCACCGUCGAUAAGAUCCUGAACACAAGAUGCUUCCGCUGCAUUUGCAAGAACGGAUUCGUGGAGUGUUUGAAACAACAGUGUCCGAACAUCGAAGGUUGCUACGCGUUGCUGGACCCGCGCGACGACGAGUGCUGCCACAAAUGCACAGGGUGCAUGCAGAACGGCGUAUAUCACGCAUCGGACACGGAAUGGACGGAAGGAAACGACCCCUGUCUAAUAUUCACCUGUAAAGCGGGCGUCAUCACUGAAUCAAAACUACGAUGUUACACGCCCUGUUCUCAUCCGAAAGCGGCCCCAUCUGGCCAGUGUUGUCCUAUAUGCGAAGGUUGUUUAGUAAAUGGACAGAAGGUGACGGAGGAUAGGUCGGUGACAACGACGGAAGACCCCUGCGUGACCUGCAAAUGCAAUAAGGGACAUCUCACCUGCGCGAAGCAAGCCUGUCCGACGCUUAAUUGUCCUUCAACGAGGAUCGUCGAUGUAUCUGGGGAAUGCUGUCCACAUUGUCGAGGCAGUGCAAGAUUCUUCUCACCUCCGAAAGGCGCGUGCAUGCUCGGCACGCAUUUAUAUAACUCGGGUAGUGAAUUUUACGUGGAUCACUGUACGCGCUGCACCUGCGUCAAUUCGGCGAUCUCGUGCAUAAGGGAGACCUGUCCGGUACUGGAAUGUCCCAGGGAACAUCAGAUGAUCCUAGUCAACCGCUGUUGCCCGCAAUGCUUGCUCGUCGAGGAGAGCCGGGCCUCUUGCUCUUAUGGUGGAAGAACUUAUGUGGAUGGCGAAAAUUGGAAGCUGGAUUCCUGCAAGACAUGCACCUGUAAACAGGGCAAAGUGCGCUGCGCAAUGCCUCAGUGUCCGCCGAUGAACUUUCGUUGCCCGCCAAAUUCUAAAUUGGAACAUCCGGAAGGCCAAUGCUGUCCGCGAUGUGUAGAGCGUGACGGAGUUUGCACAGUUUUUGGAGACCCACACUAUCGUACGUUCGAUGGGAAAUUCUACAGCUUCAAGGGAGCGUGCAAGUAUCAACUAGUUACCGAUUGUUUUUCUCACACAUUCAGCAUACGGGUAACCAAUGAUGCCAGGAAAACGAAAUUUUCAGCGUGGACCAAAACUAUCGCCAUAAAGAUCGGUGAUUUAAAAGUGAAUCUUGGUCAAAAAAUGAAAGUGAAAGUAAACGGGAAGAAGGUGAACGUUCCUUAUCGCGUUGCUAACCAAUUGGACAUCAAUCGUACAGACGACAGUGUGAUUGUCAAUACGCGGAUCGGAAUCAAGGUUCAUUGGGAUGGUAUCAGCUUUCUCGAAGUGUCUGUGCCUUCGUCGUAUAGGGGUCAAUUAUGCGGUCUUUGUGGUAACUUCAAUUCCCAAAUCAAAGAUGACUUUACUGCGCGACAUGGACGAGUGGUUCAGGAUCCGCAGCAGUUUGGUCAAUCCUGGGUCGUGGGUGGUGCCAAGAAGACGUGCCCUCGAACGAAAUUUGGAAAUAAUACCAGGCAGAGACGUUGUCGAGAGAGAAAAGAUCAGCGAUUAUGUAAUCGGCUAAAGUCACAGAUCUUUUAUCCGUGCCACAAGAAGGUGAAUCCGGCGAUGUACUACAAAGCCUGCCUUCAAGAUAUGUGUGAGUGCCCGACCCAGCACUGCUAUUGCGAGUCCUUCGUGGCAUACGCGCACGAAUGUAAGCGUCUCGACAUCCCGCUGCCACACUGGCGGAAAGCCACGAGAUGUCAAACCGUUUGGGACCAGUCAAUAAGUUCGACAAAUUUAGCUCGCCGUUCAUAAUCGCGCACUUUGUCCAC